UAGUAAAUUGUAAAUCAACCAUAACCAUUGACAAGCCUCAAAAAAAUUCUGUUGAACAUUUUUUUCAAGACAGUAAAUAUUAUUGCUUGUUAUUUAUAUUAAAAAAAAAUAUUAUUCUAUUUGUUUUAAAUAGAAAUUGUAAAUAUAUCUACUUGAGUUUGUACACAAAAAAAAUAAGUUUCAAUUUUACUCGAUAAAAACAAAUUGAAAAAACAAUAUGGCAACACCAAUUGACAUUUUGGAGUCACGAAUAAGUGAAUUAGAAAUUCAAGUUUAUGGCAAAAAUGACAUGAAAUCAUUGGUUGAUACACCAUCACCAGACAGUUCAAUAUUGGAUAAUUUAUUGCAUGUUAAUACACUUGUGUCAUCAUCAUUGUCUGGUCGUAAAAAUACAAAUGCACUUGUUACACGACUUUUGGAGCUAAAUGAUUUACUUGAUAUGUCAAAUAAAGAUGAUGAUGUACAAACAGAAUCAAAAGCCGAAAUAUUAUUAACAAUGGAAAAUGAUUUUCAUAAAAAUCUUGAACAUCUUAAUAAAAUUCAGGAACUAUCAUCUUCAUUGGAUGCUGAUGAAUUAAAAUAUAUUCCAGAAUUAACACCAAAAAUUGAAACAAUGGCAUUAAAUUAUUUACAAAAUUAUGAAAAAUCAACAAAAAUAUCAAAUGACAUUCAGGAUAUGUUUUCAAAAUAUAAUUCUAUCAUAAAUACUAUAUCAAAAUCAAUGGUUACACUUGAUGCUGCAAUAAGUGCUGCUGAAAUGAAAAAAUCAACAUCAAAAACAAAAUAAAAUUAACAAUUAUAUUAAAAAUAAAUUAUUAAAAAUCCAACAUUAUAUUUUAUUUAUUUAUUUAUGUUUCAAUUAAACUUAGAAAUAAUAUUAAUUAUAAAAAAAUGAAUUUAAACAUGACAGUAUAUUAAUUAUGUUGAUGAAAAAGAGAAAAAAAAAGGAGAAAUGAAUGAUUAAAUUUUAAGAAUUUCACAAUCAAUACAAUCUGGAAGCCACUUAUCAUCAACUGGUGGACGAAUGUUAAGUCUACUGUAAGUUCCUUUGGCCAAUCUUUCUGGAUUAAUAAUAAAUGUACCACUUGACCAUCGACAAAAAUGUCUCAUUGUUGAUGGUAAUACUAAUAUAUGUGGUUGUUUAUGUAUCAUAGCAUACUUGUUCCAUAAUUCAACAUCAUAAUUAAUUUCUGAUGAUGGUGGUUGAAGUGGAUAAAAAGAAGAUUGUGAUAAAAUAUGAUCAGCAAGUCGUCCAAGUCUAUCUGUACCUUGCAUUUUAUAACUUAUUUCUUCAGCUCCUAAAUGUUUUAUAAUAUCAACUGUUGUUGUACCAAUAAUUAAUCCUUCAAUAUCCAUCAUACAAGGAUCAGGCAUCAAUACUAAAUUUUCAUAUAUUGAAAAAUGUUCAGGUAUAUAAAAUUCUGGUGUUGGAUAAAUAUUAUGAUGAUGUACAUCAUACAUUGAAGAAACAAGCACAACUUUUGUAGACUUUCUAAAAAUUCCAACAAAUAAUAAUAAUAAAUUAGAAAUUUAAUAAUAAAA